AUGGAAGAUAAGUUGUAUUGCAUUGUUCUGAAUUAUUUUGGCUCCAAAGUGAAGCUUAGUGGUGUUGAUCCAGAUGUGUAUAACUAUAUUGAUUUGGGUUUAGAUGUUGUAGAGUCAUUCCCUAGUAUUGAAGUAUCAGGGUUAAGAUAUUCAUGUACUAUUGAUGGUGGUGAGGUGAUGGAGAUUAAAAAUAAUAAUGAUGUGAUGAUGAACAUGUUUAAAAGAAAUACAAAGAAUGACUGGUUUGACUUAUUUGUGGAAUCUCCUGUUAGUAUGGCUGCUGAGGUGAGUAUUGAAGAAAAUGAGGAGGCUGCAAAUGUGGAUGAGGGUGAUCUUUCUGCAUGCAUUGAAGAAAUUGUUCAGUUCAUAGAGACUGAAAUUGCUGAUGAAGCUCAACAAGAUGAGCCAAAUGUGGAUGUGCCAGUAGAAGAGCAUGAUGGUAGGGAUGAUGCCAUUGAUGAUUCAGAUGAUGAUUUUAUAGCACACAUUGAUGAGGAUGAUAACAGAAGUGAGAUUGAGUUGAGUGAUGCAGAGGAAUAUGAAGAUGAUUUUUUGAGUGAUUAUGAGUCAGAUGACCACUGUGAAGCUGCAAACAACUCAGAUGAAGAGUUUGACAAUGAUCCUUUGAAUGGAUGCAUGGAGUUUGGAGAUCAUGUGUAUACUCACAGAGAGGGAGAUCAGAUAGUGCUAAAGAAGGGUCAAGUGUUUGACAAUGUAGAUGCUUUUAGGCUGGCAUUGAAGGAUUAUGUUAUUCAAGAAGAAUUUGAGUGUGUAAGGAAGAAAAAUGAGAGAAAAAUGGUGACUGCUCAUUGUUCAGUGAAAAAAUGUAGCUGGAGAAUCCAUGCUUCUGUGUUACCAGACAAUGUAACAUUCCAAAUCAAGACUUACACAGACACUCACAACUGUGUAAGGACUUCAGCUGACAAAGAGGUUACUGCCAAAUGGAUGGCCUCAAAACUGAUUGAUGUACUAAGAAGCAAUCCAGACUUGAAUUUGAAGGGUAUAGAGGAUGAGAUAAAAAAAUAUGGGGUGUCUACCUAUUAUAUCCAAAUGUACAGAGCAAAGAUGUUAGCAAUGGAGGAGAUUCAAGGUAACCAUGCUGAGCUAUUUCAGAAAUUGCCCACAUAUGCUUAUAUGGUACAACAAAGCAAUCCUAGAAGUGUUGUCACACUACAGUGUGAUAUUGCAAAUGAUGAAAAUCCCUCCAUCCCUAGGGGUCCAACAUUCAAGAGAUUCUUUCUAGGAUUGGCUGCUGUGAGAGAUGGAUUUAUGGAUGGGUGUUCUCCCUUUUUAGGGUUUGAUGGAUGCCAUUUGAAAGGUCCAUAUGGUGGUGUGCUACUGUCUGCAAUAGGGUUGGAUGCAAAUAAUGGCCUCUACCCAAUAGCAUUUGCUAUUGUGGAAACUGAGUCCAAGGAGAGUUGGGGAUUCUUCUUUCACAAUUUGUGUAUCAUGUUUGAUGGAUUUUCUGAUGGAAGACCAUGGACUUUCAUGACAGACAGACAAAAGGGACAGGUGGAGGCAAUAACAGAGAGAGUCCCUCAUGCCAUUAACAGAAAAUGUGCUAGGCACAUUUGUGCAAAUUUUAGAAGUUCAUUUGCUGGGGUUCCCCUAAAAAAGUGGUUUUGGAAAGCUGCUAGGUCAUAUACUGCUCCAGGUUUUAACUUUGCCAUGUACAAAAUCAAAGAACAUAACAUUAGGGCUUAUAACUGGCUUUUAAAGAUUCCAUCUGAGUUAUGGUCUAGAUAUGCAUAUGAUAGGAGAUUGAAGAAUGAUCAUGUCACUAAUAAUAUUUCUGAGUCUUUUAAUAACUGGAUAGCUGAACUUAGGCUUAAGCCUUUCUUUCAUUUGUUAGAUGGACUUAGAGCAAAGUUGAUGAAUAGGCUGAUAAUGAGGAGGGAAAAGGGAAUUAGGUGGAAAACUGAUCUUCCUAAAAAUGUAGUGAUAAGGUUGAACAAGGAGAGGUUAGAGGCUAGGAAAUGUCGUUUCUUUGUUGCUGGUGACAAUGAAUUCCAAGUUCAGGAAGAUAACCAACUUUUUAUUGUUAAGUUAUCUAGUAGAACUUGUGAGUGUCAGGUUUGGGAUCUGAGUGGAAUCCCCUGCAACCAUGCAAUUUUGGGGAUUCUGUACAGAAGGGAAAACAUAGAGGAUUACGUUCACAACAGUUUAUCCAAACAGCAGUACCUCACCACUUACAGUCGCCACAUUCAUGCCAUUACAAGUUCUGAAUUGUGGCCAGAAGACACCACUGUUACUCCACAAAAUUUGCUGCCUCCAACUUAUAGAAGACCACCUGGCAGGCCAAAGAAAAACAGAAGAAGAGCACCAAAUGAGGGGGAAACUGCAAAGAGGUCUUCUGUUGUUAGAUGCAAAAGGUGUAAUGGCUUGGGGCACAAUAUCAGAACUUGCAAAGGAGCUCCAAGGUCUUUUGGUGUUGAGGCAAAUGUUGAAGGUGACAGCCAAUUCCAAGCAUCCAACAAUCCUGAAGCUGAAAUUCCAUUGUCACAAGCUGCUGAGUCAAGGUGA